AUGCAACAAAUCUGGCUCCCACCCGCUUUACUUGGUGUGCUCAACCACAUCUUCUUUCGCCACUUUGAGCCAGGCAAUGCGCACUACCCUCUUUUAGCGAUCCUCAUCCAGCCUGCGCUGCUCCUCUCGUUCCUCUCCCAUGGCACGCCCAGUGUGCCCACCGUUCUCGGUGUCUACGCGACAUUCAUUGGCUCCCUUUCGCUCUCCAUCGUGCUUUACCGGCUCUCCCCGUGGCACCCCCUCGCAUCGGUCCCCGGCCCGGCUCUCUACAAGAUCUCCAAGGUCUGGAGCCUCCGCGACGUCGCGCGGGGGGACUCACAUCGUGUCCUCCGACGGAUGCAUGAUCAGUACGGUCCGGUCGUCCGAACCGGCCCGAAUGAGGUGUCGAUCGCGCACACCGACGCGGUCAAGGUCGUACUGGGGACGUACCCCAAAGGCCAGCAUUACGAGACUCGCGGGGACCCUAACGUCCCAGCCAAGUCGCUGCUGCUGCUCAAGGGAGAGGCGCAUGCGAACCGCCGUCGGAUCUGGAACCGCGGCCUCAACUCAGCCUCAAUCGCCGCCUACGAGGUCACCUUGGUGAAGCGCAUCUCGCAGCUUCUGGAGAGGCUGGAAGAGCAGUCGCUGUCAGGGUCGUCGGUCAGCAUCAACAAGUGGCUGGGCUAUUUUACGUUCGACUUUAUGGGCGAUAUGGCGUUCGGUGGCGGAUUCGAAAUGAUGCGCGAUCGCGGAGAUAAGGACGGGCUGUGGAAGAUCAUCGAAGAUGGCACUCGUGUCGCGGCGUUUAUUUCCCCGAUUCCCUGGAUUUUACCGACGAUACGGCUGAUCCCGGGUCUCGCCAAAAACAUCAACACCCUCCGCAAAUUUGGUGCCACGUCUGCUGCCAACCGUAUCAAAGCUGGUUCGCUCGUCAAGGACUUGUGGUAUCAUCUGACGGACGAAGCCGAGGUGGAGAAACAGCGCCCCUCGAUCCCCGAAGUGGUUGCAGACGGCGUGCUGAGCAUCAUCGCGGGCUCUGAUACGACGUCCACAGCACUGAGCAAUCUCAUCUGGCUCUUGCUGUCGAACCCAGCGGUCUACAAGCAAGUUCGGGAGGAAGUCGACAGCGUCUACCCGCGCGGUGACUCGCCUCUCGAUGCGUCCAAGCACUCCCAGCUCCCCUUCCUCACCGCAUGCAUCAACGAGACACUCCGGCUGCUCCCGCCCGUUCCGUCCGGUGGGCCCCGCAAGGUGCCCGUGGGCGGUGGAAAGGUCAUCGCCGGGCAAUACAUCGCACCGAACACCCAGAUCUUCGUGCCGCAGUACACCCUCCACCGCUCCGCCGAGAACUUUGACGACCCGGACACCUUCAAGCCCCAGCGCUGGCUGAGCCCCGAGUCGGCCGAGAAGCACAACCCGCUCGCGUUCAUCCCGUUCUCGUUCGGCUCGGCGAACUGCGUUGGCAAGAAUCUCGCGUGGCGGGAGAUGAUUAUGGUCAGCGCGGCGCUCAUCCACUCGUUCGACAUCAGCUUUGCGAAAGAUUUCACGGGAGCCGAGGAAUGGAGCAACCAUCUGCACGACCAGUUCGUCACCAGCAUCGCCGUGCCCCUCCAGGUGAGCUUGGCCAAGAGGGAUUAGUUCGUUAGUUGUAGCAUGGUUGUUACCUUUGAGGAAAACGCCAUAUUCGCUAGAUUGAUAUUCCCGGUGGCGUUGCGGCUAUCGUUAAUUACCCACGGCUCAACAUUCUG